AUGGCCAUGCAAGCUGGCCUGGCAUUUGCCUUGUUCUUUUGGGCACAAAGGGCGCCAUUCCAGUCUUUUCUUGCGGUCUGUCCUGGCUCCUGGUUCGUUCGCACACAGGGUCAGUCACGUUUCGCCUGGCCAAGCAAAAUGAACAGACGGACUCGGACUUGCGCAUUCUCACCACGUUCCGGAGAUGUUCCAGUUUCCAACAGUUGUGUAGUGAGGAAGACUGUAUUCAGCGGACAUGCGCAGCGCUGUUUGCCAGUUUCAGCAGUCUCAGCCGGUUUGCAUACUUGUGCAAUGCGGGCAGAUGGUCAGCUCGUCUGCUUUGGAGCCAAUGGUAAGCAGCAGCGUGACGUGCCAGCAGAUUUGGGACCAGCUUUGGCAGUUUCAGCGGGCGAUUUUCAUACUUGUGCAGUGCGAACAGAUGGUCAGCUCGUCUGCUUUAGAGACAAUGAUUAUGGGCAGUGUGACGUCCCAGCAGAUUUGGGACUAGUUUUGGCAGUCUCAGCGGGCGGGUUUCAUACUUGUGCAGUGCGAACAGAUGGUCAGCUCGUCUGCUUUGGAGACAAUGAUUAUGGGCAGUGUGACGUCCCAGCAGAUUUGGGACCAGUUUUGGCAGUCUCAGCGGGCGGGUUUCAUACUUGUGCAAUGCGGUCAGACGGUCAGCUCGUCUGCUUUGGACGCUAUGGUUCUGGGCAGUGUGACGUCCCAGCGGAUUUGGGACCAGUUCUGGCAGUCGCAGCGGGCGCGGGCGGGUUUCAUACUUGUGCAGAAUGCGAACAGAUGGUCAGCUCGUCUGCUUUGGAGACAAAAAUUUUGGGAGGUGUGACGUCCCAACAGAUUUGGGUCCAGUUCUGGCAGUCGCAGCGGGCAGUUUGCAUACUUGUGCAAUGCGGUCAGACGGUCAGCUCGUCUGCUUUGGAGACAAUGAUUAUGGGCAGUGUGACGUCCCAGCGGAUUUGGGACCAGUUUUGGCAGCCGCAACGGGCAGAUUUCAUACUUGUGCAGUGCGAGCAGAUGGUCAGCUCGUCUGCUACUUGCAAUGAAACAGUU